GAGGAGCAGGCCUCGCUGCCGGCGCGCGUGGAGUGGUCCUCCGUGCCGCACGAGUUCUCGCCGCCGCUCCCGCCCGGCCCCGCGCCCGGGGCGGCCCGCGAGGCCUGGGUGCCGCGCACGCCCGGGCCGGCGCUGCCGCAAGGAGACGGGGCGUCCUUGGCAGCGGACUUCGAGCCGUACUGGGUCGCGAGCGCGUUCGCGCACCUUGGUGGCGCCGCCGCCGCUGCGGGCGGCACCGCCGCCGGCGCCUUCGCCCUCGGGGGCGACGCCGCCGGGGAG